CUCUCUCACUCCUAUUAUAUUUGCCUUGCCAUAGAUGAUCAUGAAAUUCAUACCACAUUCACUUGAUAGCCAUGAGAAACAUCAUUCAAUUUCUGGGAAUUAUCACUAUUUCCUUCUUAAUUGGUGUCAAUUCACAAAAUCAAACCAACUACGUCCCAAUCGACCAGAUUUUCUUGAACUGCGGAGGCCCAAAUUCCACCGAUUCCGACGGCCGAGUAUGGAUCUCCGACGCCACCUUCUCUCCCUCCACCACCACAACCUCCACCAGCGCCGCCACGCAGAAGCCCGACGUCCCUCAAGUCCCCUACAUGACCGCCCGAGUCUCCCGCUCCAACUUCACAUACACCAUCCCAGCAUCCCCAGGCCGCGUCUUCCUCCGCCUCCACUUCUACUCCGCCGCCUACGGAAACCUCACCGCCGCCGACGCCCUCUUCUUCGCAACCUCCGGCGCCUACACCCUCCUCAAAAACUUCAGCGCCGCGCAGACCAUGGAGGCUCUCGAACUCACUCACAUGGUGAAGGAGUUUUCCAUUAACAUUCCCGCCGGAGAAAAUUCUCUCACGGUCACAUUCGCGCCGGCUUCUGCCACCAACUCUUACGCUUUCGUCAACGGCAUCGAACUCGUGUCCCAUCCCGAUACUUUCGCCACUGCGUCUGCUCUCGCAGUCGGCCAAUCCGGCGGUUUCCAGAUUGACAACGCGACCGCCUUGGAAAACGUCCGCCGCCUCAACGUCGGAGGAAACGCCAUCAAGCCGUCCGACGACAACGGACUUUUCCGGUCGUGGGGAGCCGACGACGAUUACUUGUUCGGCGCGGCGCAUGGUUUAGUCAGAGGACUUGAUCCCAACGUGACGGUGGCGGUGCCGGGAAACUACGCGGCGCCGCUGGUUUUAUACACGACGCUGAGAUCAGUGGGGCCGAAUAUGCCUGUUAAUCGGAAUUCAAAUCUUACUUGGUACUUCAAAAUUGAUUCUGGAUUUUCAUACCUUGUUAGGCUCCAUUUCUGUGAGAUAAGCGCCAAUAUAUUUAAAACGAAUCAGAUUAUUUUCACCAUUUUCUUGAACAAUCAGACUGCGUCGGAGGUGGCAGAUGUGAUCGCCUGGGCCGGCGGAAAUGGAGUUCCGAUUCACCGGGAUUUUGUUGUGUUCGUCGCUACCGGUCCGCCGCAGCAGAAUCUUUGGCUGGAUUUGCAUCCUUACACUGCUUCCAAUCCUCAAUUCUACGAUGCGAUCUUGAACGGAUUGGAGAUUUUCAAGAUUAAUGACAGUAGAGGGAAUCUCGGUGGCCCCAAUCCAACCCGAACCCAAUCCGAAUCCGACGCUCCUUCAAGCAAUAAACCGCCGUCUAAGAAUCACUCCGCCGCCAUCGGAGGAGGUGUCGGCGCCGGAGUUGCCGCUCUUCUAGUGGUUGUACUUGUUGUAAUCCUAGUUGCUCGCCGCCGCCGAAAGGGCGCCGCCAGUGAAGAAGAGGGGUGGCUCGCUUUAUCAAAGUACGGCAAUUCACCUUCGUUAUUUUCACGCACCACCACCACCACCGCCACAUCAAUCGGCAGCAGCCUCCCUUCGGGCCUCUGCCGCCACUUCUCCUUCGCGGAGAUCAAAGCUGCCACAAACAACUUCGACGAGGCUCUCCUCCUCGGCCUCGGCGGCUUCGGAAAAGUCUACAGCGGCGUGAUCGAGAUCACCGACGGCACCACCACCAAAGUCGCCAUCAAACGAGGGAACCCUCUCUCACAGCAAGGGGUGCACGAGUUUCAAACAGAGAUCGAGAUGCUGUCGAAGCUCCGCCACCGCCACCUCGUCUCCCUCAUCGGAUUCUGCCAAGAGAAGCACGAGAUGAUCCUCGUCUACGACUACAUGUCGAACGGGACCCUCCGCGAGCAUCUCUACAACGCCCCGAGCCCCGCCACCCCGGCCCUCUCCUGGAAGCAGAGGCUCGGGAUCUGCAUUGGCGCGGCUCGGGGGCUUCACUACCUCCACACGGGAGUAAAACACACCAUCAUCCACCGCGACGUCAAGACCACAAACAUCCUCUUAGACGAGAAGUGGGUGGCGAAGGUGUCCGAUUUCGGGCUGUCGAAAACAGGGCCUUCGCUGGACGACACGCACGUGAGCACCCUAGUGAAGGGGAGCUUCGGGUACCUCGACCCGGAGUACUACAGGAGGCAGCAGCUGACGGAGAAAUCCGACGUGUACUCGUUCGGGGUGGUGCUGUUCGAGGUGCUGUGCGGGCGGCCGCCGCUGAUGCGGAAGCUGCCGAAGGAGCAGGUGAGCUUGGCGGAGUGGGCGAGGCGGUGCUACGAGGAGGGGAGGCUUGGGGAGAUAACGGACCCGUGUCUGGUGGGGAAGAUAGCGGCGGAGAGCUUCGAGAAGUUUGCGGAGACGGCGGCGAAGUGCGUGGAUGAAGUGGGGGUGGAGAGGCCGUCGAUGGGGGAUGUGCUGUGGAAUCUGGAGUUUGCGCUGCAGCUGCAGGAGAGCGCGGAGGAGGGACUUGUGGUUGUUGCUGAUGAUUUGGAUUUGUCGAGGAGUGUUGCUAGUCUGGACUCUAGUGGGGUGACUCCGAGUGCUGCUAGUCUGGACUCGAGUGGGGUCACUCCGACUGCUGUUUUUUCUCAGAUUAUGAAUGCGGAUGGGCGAUGAACAUUGCUUCACUUUCUAUGUUGCAUUUCUACGUACAUGUACACGUGCCUGUGUUUCUGAUUCACAAAUCAUAAGUAAAUAAAAAGGGAUAAUCACCAUUAAU